CGCUUGCCGCAUCCCCGCCGCCGCGUUCGUCGACUCAGCCCGGCGCGCUGCCGCUCUCUGCCGCCGCUCUGUGCCGCAGCAGCGGUCGCUUGCAGACAUAACUGCCGCCACAUGCGAUGCGAUGUAACGGAGGCGCGGCACCAGAGCCCGAACCAGAACCUGAAGAGGACCAGAUCCAAGACAGACCGGCGUCUGAGUCGUCCUCGGCUGCUCCUCUGACGCUCCUCCUCUGCUCCGCCCCUCACCUCAGGAUGGAGGACUCGGAGACAGAGCUGACGGUGGCGGACACGGACGCCCUCGGUGCCGACUUCAUCACGGUGGAGUUGGACACGCAGCCCAUCGAGUACGUGGUGAAGUGGGCGGAGGUCGGCUCCAAGUUCACCAUCUCCUGCGUGAAGAAGGACUCGGAUGACCCGUCAGACCUGACCGCCGACCAGCUGAAGAUCGAGGCGGACGAGGCGUUCUUCGCGCCGUACGAGGAGGUGUAUCCCUGCGAGGUGACGGAGCAGAGCGUGGAGAUCAAGACGGACUCCGACGACGAGGACGAGGACGGCGAGGAGGAGGAGCACGAGGUGCUGGUGGAGGCAGGGAGUAGUCAGCUGGACGGCGAGGCAGACUCGGACCAGGCCGACUUUGAGCCGGACGAGCGACAGUACCGCUGCAGCUACUGCGGGAAGUGCUACAGCCACGCCUCCAGCCUGUACCGCCACCAGCAGACACACACCGGCAAGAGCGGCGGAGCUCCGCCCCCCACCAAGCGGGCUCUGGAACCUACUCAUCAGGAUGCACGCUACACCUGCCCCCACUGUGGCAUGAGCUUCAAAGGCAGCAGGAUGCUGGGCAGUCACCUGCGGCUGCACGGGAAGCGGCGAAUCCAUCCAUGUAACAUCUGCGGCAAAGAGUUCAACCACAGCUCCAGCCUGUCGCGCCACCGCCUCAUCCACAAGAAAGGGAAGGUUCUGGCCAAGGACGCUGGCCCCAGCGCCAACAUGGCCGCCCUGCGCCACUCACUAAAGCCCAGCGGCAAGAACAAGAAGGCAAAGAGGCAGCAGCGGCAGCAGCAGCGACAGCAGCAGCAGCAGCAGCAGCAGCAGCAGCAGCAGCACCACGUGGCCACCGCUAUUAUCCAGAGUCCGGGCGGAGACAAGUUCUACGCUUGCCCGCAGUGCGACAUGAGCUUCAGGACGUCGACGCAGCUCUCGAAGCACCAGGUGACGCACGUCAAAGAGCUGCUGGACAACUACACGCCCGGGAAAGAGAACCUGGGUGAGACUUCAUCAGACCUCAAGAUCCGACUGAAGCUCUGUUCCCGUGAUAAGCCCAACUUCUACACUCUCUGCAAGAAGAACCGCCGCCGCCGUGGAGGCCGUGCAGGCAAACGAGGCUCCACCGCCUCUGAGGAGGAGGAGGAGGAGGAGGAGGAGGAGGAGGGCGGCGUUGGGGGAGGAGGAGGAGUCGGUCGCCACGGCUGCAACCAGUGUGGGAAACGGUUCAGCCACGCAUCCAGCCUGGCACGACACCAGCAGACCCACAGAGCGGGGGGUGGCGGAGGUGGUGGGCGGGCGAAGUCCGGACUUCCCACCACCAAAACCAAGACCUACACCUGCGCCGCCUGCAACAAGACCUUCAUGCACUCGUCCAGCUUCUCCCGUCACAAGAAGGCGCAUAUGGAGGAGGAGCAGCGAGUCCACGCCGCCACCGCCGCCAAACGCCGUAAGAGAAUCUUAGACGAGACCGCUCCACUGGAGUCCGAGGACUCCGAGUGACAUGGCCCAGCUCUGGACUGGGUUCAGGACCAUGGUUCUGAAUCAGCUUUGGUUGGUUCUCGAGUGGUUUGAGACCAGUUCUGGAGAAGUUGUAAUUUGAAAAACUUCUGGACCAGGUCUCAGAUCUGGACCAGGUCUGGGAUCCUGGACAUCCAGAUGUUGGGAACUGGACCUGGUUGGUUUUUCUCUGGUGUAGAUAAACAGCAGGACGUGGAGAUCUGGUCCUGAGUGAGAGGAAAGUCUCCAAACACGGUCACAUCCAUUUAUGGUCAUAACUGACCAAUAAGCCCCUUCCCCCUGCACACACACACACACUCCAUUUCCCAUCAGCCACUUGGGGAUAGAGCUGUCUCAGGCCACGCCCUCUGAUGCUCACAGCAUUAUCGGAAACACGCAAAGUUAAAGUUCGUACGGAAGUUUAUAAGUGACGACGUUUUUUUGUGUUUUUUUACCCCCAAAUUUUUUUCUGACUUUGUCGGGUUUUUUGGGUUAUUUUUAAAAUCAUUUCCAGCUUCGGUCGCCGUUGUUGAUGAACGUCCGUACGCGUGUUCAGAGCCGCGGCGCCUUCGCCCCCCCCCCCCCCCCCCAUCUUUUGUUACUUCCUGCGUGGUUGUGAUUGGCUGCCGUUCUCUGGUGAAAGCGGAGGAGAAGAGCUGAUUGGUCCCAGUUCCUCCUCAUUAGCAUAUGCAUGAAGAUUCUAAACGCGAGGCUUGUCGGCCAUGUUUGUAUUUUUCCAACUGCGUUUGUUUGUGAUUUUAUCGGCGGCGAGCGCCGGUCGACAGGAACCUGCACUUAUUUAUGGAUUUGGAACGAUGAUGUAAUAUAUGAAUAUUAAUGAAUAUUUAAAUGUUAAAACAAACGUUUAAAAAAAAAUCGCUCCCACCGCCAACCUUCAUCGUUUAGCAUCAUCAUCGUCGUCGUUUUUAUUGGUUCACUGAAGAUAUUGGACGCGCUGAUGACAUCACACCCGUCUGUCAGCUCCACCCCCUGGUGUCUGUCUGACACUCACUUGUUUAUUUAUAAUGUUUGUGAGCGGGCAGGUGGUUGGGGUGGUGUGGUCCCGCCCCCGGCUCUCCGCUGCGUUUUCAUUGGCUCCUCGUUGUUUGGUUUGGUUCUCGGUUCGUCACCUGCAGGUAGAAGGUCGUUCGUCAUCGUGUCGUGUUUGAUUAGAAAAAAAAAUGUCGACAUGUUUUUUUUCUAAUAAAUCUGAAAAAAAAGUUC